UGCUUCAGGUUUCAACGAAUGAAUCAUUUUCAGGAUUAUAUUCAACUAACAAUGACCAUCUGCUGCAGAUCAUGUAACUACCCUAAGAAUGGCACAUCAGACUAUCACUUGGAUGAGCACCUUCCUCUGCCUCGCGCAAGUUUUCUCGAUGCCCAUGCCUUGCAAGCUUCAACGACAUCUUGUGGGAACAACCUACCUUCUACUGAGAGACAUGGGAGGUCAUUUUCCACUGGAGUGCCUGCAGGAGAAUGUCUUCAUGGCAUUCCCAGCCACUGCUUUCGCAUCCUCCGGCGAGCCACAGUUGAGCAGCAGUGGUGCUAAGUCUAUAUAUGAAACAUUGAAGAACAUCGACACAUUGUUCAGAACUGACGAACUGCCGACAAUGUGGGACCAACAGAAGUUGGAGUAUUUUCAGAACAUUAUCUACCGUCAGAUUGAAGAGAGCGAGUGUAUGAUGGGGAGAAUGGACACACGUGAUUAUCUAAUCAGGGCAAAGAUGCUGAAUACCUACUUUAGGAACAUCGCGGCUGUCCUAAAAGAAAAAAAUUUCACUUACUGCGCCUGGGAAGUGGUUCGAAAAGAAAUCCUGUACACCCUAGAAUUCAUUCUGAUACACCACUCUGACAGCCUUCUGUGGUCCAACAGAACAUGA